AUGUAUCCUAGCUCUAAUGUCUUCUUGGGCGGCAACAGCCAACGUCCUGGGCCACAACAAUACGGAGGGAGUUCUUUCAACCCCGUGGGACCUGGUGGCCAGCAGCAGCAUCAGCCCGUGCCUUUUGGGCCACAACCUACUGGCCUUGGGCAGCAGCCAUUGCAGCAGCAAUACACUGGCUUUCCAACGCAAUCCCAUCCCGCGGGUAUGCCUCAGUCAUCCCAACCUCUUCAACAGCAGUAUACGGGGUUCGCUGGAGCACAAACCCAACAACCGAGCUUUCAGACGGGAGCUGUUCCGCCGAUGCCAUCGAUACCCUUGCAAUAUCAACAACAGUUCCUGCAGCAGCAGCAACAGCCCCAGCAGCAGCCACAGCAGCAGCCCCAGCAAUACCCGUCGCAGCCAGGCUUCCAGCUUUCGCAGCCGACGGGAUUCCAUUCAUCGUCGCCAGCGCAGUCAUCGGGUCCCGCGCCACCUCCACCCCCGAUGAAACCUCAACCGACUGGCUUCACCGAAAUGGCUGCCUCUUUCCAAACAGGCGGGACUCCUAAGCCCCAAGGGCGACGCGCGGAAAAGACGAAUAAAAUCCCAAACAUACGACUAUCCUUCAUCACAGCUCAGGAUCAGGCCAAGUUUGAGACCCUUUUCAAAUCAGCAGUUGGUGAUAAUUCUGCUACCAUGUCUGGUGACAAGGCAAGGGAUCUUCUGCUGAGGUCGCGACUAGACGGCGAUACUCUUUCUCAUAUAUGGACCCUGGCCGAUACGACUCGUGCAGGCCAACUAUAUUUCCCCGAAUUUGCCCUCGCCAUGUAUUUGUGUAAUUUGAGACUAACGGGCAAGUCGCUACCCGCCGCUCUACCAGAUAAUGUCAAGAACGAGGUUUCUAGCAUGGUCGACAUUAUCAGCUUCAGCGUCGUCGAUGACGCUCCAUCGUCCAACCCGGUCUCCAACGCUCCAACAUAUGGCAACGAUUCUUUGACAGGUCCUGCCGCUCAACAACCUCAGCUGUCCAAUUCUCAGCUUCUUCAGUCUCAGAUGACGGGAUUCCCUGGCCAACAGACGGGAUUUGGCAUCCAACCUCAAGGCCUUCAGGCCCAACAAACCGGAUUCCCCAUGAUGCAGAAUCGCCAGCCGACAGGUUACCAAGGCCCCAGACCUCCCAUGCCGCCGAUGCCCACUGGCCUCGGCCAGGGUCUCAAUGACGGCGGUGUCUUGACCACACCAUUGAACGCCCAGCCAACUGGCCGGCCUGGACAAUGGGGUCUUGUCAACGCCCCAGCCUCUGGACUGCCUAAUAUCGAUGCCUUGAAGGCUCGGAUGAUGCCCCAGCCGGGCCGUGAGGCAGGUUCUUAUACGACGCAAGGGCUCCAAGGCAACGCAGUCAUCCCAUGGGCCAUUACCAAGGAAGAAAAGACUCGUUAUGACUCUCUCUUUCGGGCUUGGGAUGGUCUCGGUAAGGGAUAUAUAGGAGGCGACCAGGCUAUCGAAAUAUUUGGUCAGAGCGGCUUGGAGAAGCCUGACCUAGAGCGGGUCUGGACUCUAUCAGACAACGGGAACAAGGGUCGUCUGGAUCUUGACGAGUUCGCCGUUGCCAUGCAUCUCAUCUAUAGAAAGUUGAAUGGUUAUCCCUUGCCCAAUACCUUACCCCCGGAGCUUGUUCCUCCUUCUACCCGCAACUUCAACCAGUCCAUUGGGACUCUAAAGACUAUGCUGAACCAGGAAUCAGACUUCCGAAAGAACUCUGGCGCUUCUCUGCUUCCCCAAAAAACAGGCGUAAGCUACAUGAAGAGCAGGUCAUUUAGAGGCACCGGCGCUGGGGCGCAACCGAGCAGGAAAGACGCGACUGUGUUCCGAAACGAGGAUGAAGACUUUGGAUACCGGUCUAGUGCCCGUAGGAGACUUGGAAACUCUUCCCCACGGUCCGAGUCGCCUGGCUCGGCCGUCUCCAACGAUGAGCUCACGCUCGAGCAGCUGCGGAAGAAAAUCAAGGAGAAGCAGGUUCUUUUGGAUGCCAUGGACUUUGCUGACGAGCAGAAUAACGAGGAGGAUGAUUUGCUGGACCGGCGCGAUCGAAAGGAAUCCGAAGAGCUCUAUAGGCGCAUUCGCCGCAUCCAAAACGACAUUGACGCUCACCCUGAUGCGGCCCCGGCCUCGGGAGACUCGGACGCUGAGAGACGGGCUCUGAAGCGUCAGCUACAGAAUCUGAUCGACAAGGUUCCCGAACUUGCCUCUCAGGUCCGCCGUACCGAGAAGGCCAUUAUGGACGCUAGGAUCGAGUUGUUUCGCCUCAAAGACGUGAAGGCCCACCCGCACAGUGGUCCUCUGAUAUCUGGAACCGGCCCUGGAGGUGCCGUCACGGAGAGCGAUCGGCUCAAAGCCAGGGCCAAAGCCAUGAUGCAGCAACGAACAGCCGCGCUGACUGGAAAGAAAGCAGACACGGGCAUUGACGACUCUGAUGCCCAAAGGAGGCUUGAAGAAGAAAGCAUCAAGGUGAGAACGGAAAAGGAAAGCAAUGAGAACAUGGUCCGUGAUGUCGAAGAAGGUGUGCGUGAGUUCGCCCGAGGGAUUGAAGAUAGUCUCAAGGACGACGGAAGGGACAACACAAGUGGACAUGAAAAGCGUCGUUGGGAAGACGGCCUUGGGGUUGAGGACGAAGUUCGAGACUUUAUAUUUGAACUGCAACGCGAAAGCCGUGCGUGUCGGGUUCGUGCACAGGAUAACCGACCUGGCCAGUCUUCUGCAGUUAUCCAGCAAUCCGGACCGGGGCGAUCGGCUAGCCCGCGCGCAGAAAGCCCGGGCCGGACAUCGCGUACGGCCACGCCUUCAGCCGCGGGGGGCUCUUACUCUUCGUAUAAGACGCCAGAGGAGAGGGCCGCUUACAUCAAGCAACAGGCUGAGCAACGAAUGGCAGAGCGUCUGGCUGCUCUGGGCAUCAAAACCUCGGCCAAAAGUGGCGAGACAGCUGCUCAGCGAGCUGAGCGAGAACGAAGCGAGCGUGCGGCCAAGCUGAGACUGGUGGAGGAAGAAGACGCUCGAAGAGAUGCGGAGCGACAGGCUCGUCUCGCCGACGAGCAAGGAGUCCCCCCUCCUGUGGCAGUCGCGGAUGCUCCUAAGCCUGGUACCAGAGCCCCUCCACCUCCGCCCACGAGGAAAGGCGGAAGAUUGGAAACUGCUGAACAAGAUGGCUCGAAGAAAGCAGAGGGGGCGGAGCAGGCUGUAGCUGCCAAGGCAGCCGAAGAGGCACGGCUCACAAGGGAACGAGAGGAAAAACAGCGAGAAAUUCAGACAAAGGAGGAAACUGCCAAGGAGGAGGAGGACGAGUUUGCCAAAGAGCAGCAAGAGGCUGCAGCUCGCCUGAUAGCACUGGAAGAGCAGGUGAGGCAAGGGAAGUUGCGAAAGGAGGAAGAGAGGAAGCGAAAAAAGGCGGCUCUGGCGGAAGCUAAGGAAAAGGAGGCAAAGAUGGCGGCGCGACGUGCAGAGAUUGAAGCAGCGAAGCAACGCGAGCUCGAGCUUCAAAGACAGCUUGAAUCGCUCGAGGAGGAUGACGAGAGCUCGGGUGACGAAGGGCUGGAACAAGUCACCCCUCAGGAAUCGACCUCGGGUGGCAGCCAGAUGGCUAAUCACGCGGCAGAGAACGGUAACAAUGCUGAUGGCAGCGCACUCGCUGUCCCUGCUGUUGUUACGUCUCCGCCGCCAGCCGAGACGGAGAGCAGGAACCCAUACCAUAAGAUGAUGUCGCACCACGAAGAGUUGACGCCUGCCACUGGAGAGCCCCAGAAGAAUGCGGCAGCACCGGCGGCACCGGCGGCACCUCCUCCAGCGGCUCCGGUUCCACGAUCCGAUCCGUCGACCAACCCGUUCCACAGGAUGUCACAAGCGGUUCCGGCUCGAAGUGGGCCCGUGUCGAGAAAACGAGCGGAUUCCGAGGAUUGGGGGUCGGACAAGGAAGAUGAUGAGGACUCGGAUGACGAUCGACCAGGCGGUGGGAAUGCCGCUCAGCUGGCUUCCAUGCUGUUUGGAACCAUGGCACCACCACGACCUCUAUCAGCCGCGGGACGAGAGCCAACUCCAACCAGCCCUGCCGCGGCGAGUGACGCAGCUCCUCCUCCUCCUCCUAUUUCUCCUGCUUCAGGCUCAAAUGGUAGAAUGGCAGCAGCAGCAGAUGCGGUACCAUUGCCAGAGGGAAACGGUCCUACGUGUCCUCCUCCGCCACCCCCGAUGCCGGGCUUUGAAGCUCCUUCUGCUCCGCCGCCGCCGCCGCCGCCAAUGCCGCCUAUGCCGGGCGUAGGCGCGUGCCCUCCCCCUCCGCCACCUCCGCCACCCGGUGAUGUGCCAGGUGCUGUCCGCGCACCGUCCGGCGGACGCCCUGCUGGCUUCCUGAGCGAGAUUCAACUGGGCAAGAGUCUCAAAAAGACCCAGACGGUGGAUAAAAGCGCUUCUGCUGUCGCGGGCCGUGUUCUGGACUGA